GCGCGACGGUGGGAAAAUCGUGAAUGUUUAAUCAAGUGGCGAGCAGCGGAAUGAUCAAUUUUUGAAGAAGAAAAAAUUGUGGCAAACUCUUGAAGUGGGAGGCGCCUUCAAGUAUGUUAGUUGCACCCUGGCGACCCGAUCAGAUCAAUCGAUGGCUUCAAAAGGAGGGUUUCCCAUUGCAUCAGCCAACAACGAAGAAGUCUUUCAAGCCUCAAACCUGUGGUACAUGUAAAGUGCAGAUUCAUCUUCGAUUGCUUCCGCACCGAUACCGAUCCGUACCGGUACCCCGCCAAGUCCCUGCUCCAGCUACCAGUAGCGAUGGUUCUUCGAGGAUAGACAUUUCAUGAUCGGUGCUACGACAAGGAUUCAACUAACAACGAUUGUCUUCGUGAAAAGAGGAUUCGUACUUAUUGGUACCAUGCAUCAACACGGAAGUCAAUCGUAUUUUAAGUUCCUUGUUAGUUGGCUGCAAGUACGGGUGGCAUUUUCUUUGCAGAGGCAACUCUUGUAGCUCCGUACUGAAACAAGAGAGUCCAUAGCAGCAUGCAGGCAGAAGAAUUCUAGGACUACUUGUUAGCUGAGAUGACAGCCAUCAACAGAAUUUAAAUGAGCUGCCGUGGUCGGUAUCGGUAGUUCGCAUUCAAUGGGAACUCUCUCGUUCCGCAACCAGCCAACGAUGUGUGCAACGACCAAAAAGGGAACGUGCCAACAAGUUGACGAUUUGGCGGCACUCCUGUUGACAUGGAAAAACAGCACUCACAUUGCAAGAAGUGCAAGAAUAAUUCAACAAUCCAUCCAACAGCAAAACCAAAGUCCGUGGAGUGACAGUCGAGCAGUCUAAAAUGAGAAAGUACGUGUCACGCCAAGAGAGUACCCUGGGUCGAAGGAGGUCCAAUAUUCCCAGUUUGGUAUGUGCCUUUGCGGCAUCGGCCACCACUGGAGGCACCAUUUAUUGUUUUGGCGUCUUGGCCAAUGACCUCAAAAAGGCGCUCCAAAUCACCCAAAUGCAGCUGGGAGCCGUCAGUGCGGCCUUUUUCAUUGCUGGUCUAAUUAGCUGGAUUCCAGGAAUGGUGGUGGACAGAAUGAAGAUGCGAUUCUCCAUGUCCUGUGGUGGUCUUUCCGGUGCUACAUUUACCACCAUAUAUUGGAUUCUAUGUCGUAACCCGGGCCUAUCUCCGUUUUUCCGCGACCAUCCUGUGGCCGUUCUCUCUUGUUUGGCCAUUGCCAUUUGCCUCAGUUGUGGGUUGAUUGUGGGAAGCGUCUUCAAGCUCACACUAUUGUGCGGAGGACGCGAUGGCAAGGGGCCAGCUGUUGGUAUUGCCAAGGGCUUUGUCGGUUUGGGUUCAGGUGUCUACGCUACCCUUUUUCAAGCCAUUCGAGAUGACAACGAAUCUACCUUGGACUUUUUGUUGGUGAUUGCCUUCUUUUUCAUUCUCAAUGCAACCCUUCCAGCUCUAUUUUUGCUGCCGCCCAAAGAGGAGUCUCAUCCUCGAUUGAUGAGAAUGGAAACUACUCCACUGCACUUUCGCACCAUGUACGCAAGCCUGGCAGUCUUGUGCUUGUUCAUUUUGGGAAGUGCCAUUUGUGACAUCUGGAGUGUUAGUGACGAUCAACCAAAGGGCAGAAACUUUGGCAAUGUACUGAUGAUCCUCAUCCUCUGGCUUGGGCCCAUUGUCUCCCUUUUGUACCUACCCCGAAAACGAGAGGAGGAGGAGGAGGAUGAAUUGAUAACCGAGUCAACAAGCCUCCUCACUUCUGGCAACAAAGGAGAGGCGGAUGAGGAGGAUCAGGGGUCUCCAGGUGACCGUAGCUGGAUCCCCGACAGUCCAGAAGAAGAAGUUCUCCCACCGCCACCCAAAGUGCCCAAUGUCGUUGUCGAUUUCCGAGCAGAUCUCAGUCUACCCGAGAUGUUGCAGACAUCACCGGCUUGGAUCAUGUUGUGCAUUACGCUAGUCCUUGUUGGCUCUGGAACGGCCAAGACUAACAACAUGGGACAGAUGGUCGAGGCUCUUGGCUUCACCGAGAGUGUGACCCCAGCCACGCUAGCCAUUUUUUCGGUAGCACAAGCAGCGGCCCGCAUAUCGACAGGUAUCCUGUCCGAGGCUGCCCUCAAAUGGAGCAACGUGAGUGUCCCGUCCUUUAUCAGAGCAGAGGACAGCAACGGUGGUAUCCCCCGGCCCUUUUUCUUGGUGAUUGCCUGCAGCAUUUCAUUGCUGGCCCACUUGCUGCUGGCAGCCUCGACCGAUCUGGUUUCGUUUGUCUUCGGUUGUGCCAUUUCAGCAAUUGCCUUUGGCAUGGCAUGGCCGUUGAUGGUCCUGAUUGUGGGCGACGUCUUUGGAGUGGAGCACCACGGGGCAAACUACAUGUUUUUUGACGGGGGUACCAAGGCUCUUGGUACCUUGUUGCUAUCAGAGUUUCUUGCUGGAUUUGUUUAUGAAGCUCAUGUCGACAAUCAACAUCACUUGGAUCAGGGAGUCGACGGUAUGCUCAACGCCUGUUGGGGCCCGCAGUGCUUCCGAGAUACACAUCUUGUGAUUGCUGGCUUGUCUUUGAUAUGUAUGGUGGCAAGCUUGCUUCUCUGCUAUCAAACUCGGUUUGCCUAUGGUUCUCCUCUGGCUAGGUGAAAGAGCUGUUUGUGGUUACUAAGAGCAGCGUGAAGCUCAACUCAUCUACUGUACCGGUAGAAGUACUGCCGCACCAGUUUUGCUGUCAUAACAUAAAACGACAAGUUACUUUCUCGAGCAGCGCUUACGGGCUCUCUGAACAGCUCUCUGAACCUAAGACUAUGUCAGAGCAGCACAGGAAUCUAGUUCAAAGCUCUGUGGUCCCAGACCUCCAUCGUCGGCGUGCUUGGGCCGUUCGGCGCUCUGAUGCCCACUACCGGUGCUUACUGUCUAUGAGGUGUCUUGAGUGGAAAAGUUGUGACAGAAGAACGACAUCGGGACACAACACUUGUUCGAAGGCCAAGGUUCCUUGCACGGUAGACGAAUGCAAAUCAAGGGACAGACUAUCAACCUUCAGACUGGGAACUUUAUUUCAAGUAGUCUAACCACCAAAGGUCAACCACAGCGAGACCGUGACUCCUACGAUGGUACUCAACCAUCGAGGCAUGACUGAUACUGAGGCGCUCAAGCUUGAACCAAGAUUUUUGUUGUUGUCCCCUUGGUCCGACUUGCGUGGGAACUGUACGGACGGACUGAGGCUUGGACUGAUGCUUGGACUGAUGCUUGGACUAGCAGAAUUUGUUGGUGUUGCGGUCGGGGGCGGUGCAGUGUUCUCCAUUCGUACAAUCUUGGAACCGGCGUAACCAUCUCCUCUGGAGCCAUCGCUGGAAAUCAAUAGUCGUCCACAGUCAUCAAAGCUGACGUCAACCGGCCUGAAACCAUCAUCCCAUCUGGCAUCAGGAGGUUCAUGCUUCAAUAAGUCAUAUGGAUAUUCCCCAAUAGGGUCGCCAUACUCAUCCAUUUCCACGUAAACAACUUUGUAUCCAGUUGGGACGUCCCGGUUCCACGAUCCGUGGUAAGCCAUGAAAGCAUAUCCAUUCAUACUCUUAGGAAAAGCAACGUCAGGAGAGCAAGCGGCAGGGCGAUCUGCAGGAUCUUUCCAUUCAUAAAAGGUGAUUCCAAGUGGAGCAGAAUGACCCUGGAGAGACAUGACAGGACGGACUGUGUUGUUUCGGCAUUCAUCAUCUGUAAUGGCUCCAUCUUCCAAAAACGAUGGCCACGCC